GGGGGCAGCUCCUAGAGUCGGGCUGUUCCCGCCCGGCCCCGCCUCAGGGCCAGGACCCCUGCGUCUAAUCAGCUGGGAGGGGACGGCCUCCGCCCACGUGGUCAGCGCGGGGCGGUGGCAUUCGCUCGGUUGCUGCCCCGGCCCAGCCCUGCUGCGGGGUCACGUGGGCGCAGGUGAGCCGGGAACCGGCCUUUGUCGCCCCCGCAGUCACACCUGGGAGGGCGGUGCCGUGUCACGUGACUUGCACCGGAGGCGCGCGCCCGGCCGGCCGGCCGAGGUAACUUGGUUUAAAGCAGAUACAAUGGUAAAACUAAUUCAUACCUUAGCUGAUCACAGUGAUGAUGUCAACUAUUGUGCCUUCUCCUCUUCCUGCUUGGCUACUUGCUCCCUGGACAAAACAAUCCGCCUCUAUUCUUUAAACAACUUUACUGAACUUCCCUACUCACCAUUAAAAGGUCACACUUAUGCUGUCCACUGCUGCUGCUUUUCUCCUUCUGGACAUAUUUUAGCUUCAUGUUCGACAGAUGGUACCACGAUGCUGUGGAAUACUCAUAAUGGUCAGACGCUGGCAGUGCUGAAGCAGCCCCGUGGCAGCCCUGUAAGAAUCUGCCGAUUUUCCCCUGACUCUGCUUACCUAGUUUCCGGUGCAGCUGAUGGUAGCAUUGUUCUCUGGAAUGUGCAGUCAUUGAAAUUGUACAGAUCUGGGAGCGUUAAGGAUGGUUCCUUGAUGGCAUGUGCGUUUUCUCCUAAUGGAAAUCUCUUUGUCACUGGAUCAUCAUGUGGAGAUUUAACCAUUUGGGAUGAUAAAAUGAGAUGCUUGUACAAUGAAAAAGGACAUGAUCUUGGUGUCACCUGCUGUGAUUUUUCUUCACAGGCAGUUUCUGAUGGAGAACAAGGAUCCAGAUAUUUCCGAAUGGCAUCUUGUGGUCAGGAUAACCAGAUCAAGCUUUGGCUUAUUUCACUAGCUGAUGUCUUAGGUUGUGAAUUAAAAUAUGAAUGCACAUUGAAUGGACACUCUGCCCCAGUCCUGGCUUGCGCUUUUUCCUGUGAUGGGCAGAUGUUAGUUUCAGGAUCUGUGGACAAAUCCAUCAUAAUACAUGACACUAAAACUGGGAGCAUCCUGCACACUUUAACUCAGCAUACCAGAUAUGUUACAACUUGUGCCUUUGCACCAAAUAUUCCAUUACUUGCAACAGGUUCAAUGGAUAAAACUGUGAAUAUCUGGCAAUUUGAUCCAAAGCAACAUUGUGCAGGAAGUGGACUGGAAGAUGAACCUAAGAUGUCUAUUGAGAACUGGUCAGAGGAAGAGGUCUCAGUCUGGCUUUGUGCACAAGGUUUAAAAGACCUUGUUGGGAUUUUCAAGAUGAAUAACAUUGAUGGCAAAGAGCUGCUGAGUCUUACAAAACACAGUCUGACUAACGACUUAAAAAUUGGUGGCAGCCAUGGCCCACAUGCUACCUUGCAGGUUCCCAGGAUGACUUCUUAUGUGGAUUGGAGUUUUCCAAGAUCCAUUGUCAGUUAAGUGUUUCUUGAUUGGGCACUUAAUUUGCACAUUCCUUUCUCAAGAAGCUGACCAAUUCCUUUACUAAGGCUACUUCAGAAUCAAAACACAUUGAUUUACAAGUACAUAGCAAAUAUUUAUAACUUCAACUACAAAAGUUAUGCAUGCAUACAUACUGUUAGCAUACUCAUAACCAGCAAAUCAUAACCUCUCCAUAGACCCCUUACACGACAACCUUUAUACAAUAUUUGCUGCAAAUAUAUAACACUGGUUGCAACAGUGAUCUGUACAGUUACAGAUUAUGUCAAUAACGUCACAAGCUGUUUUUAGAAAUCUCAUCUUGGUACCUUCUUUGUGUUUUGUCAAAUCUGCUGUGAAAGUGUUCUUAAAAUAAACAGCAUGUGCUGAAUCGUCAUCCAAGACCACUAUAACAUGAAAUAUAUGGCAGAAUGCAGGUAAAAUAGAGCUGGAGACAUAAAAUUCUCCCCCAAGGAGUUCAGUCACAAAUGUGAUUAACGUAUUUUUUUUUUAAUGAGCGUCAUCAGCAUAGAAGCAUGUCUUCUGGAAUGGUGGCCGAAGCAUGAAGGGGCAUACGAAUAUUUAGCAUAUCUGGCACGUAAAUACCUUGCAAUGCAGGCUACAAAAGUCCCAUGCGAAUGCCUGUUCUCACUUUCUGGUGACAUUUUAAAUAAGAAGUGGGCAGCACUAUCUCCCGUAAAUGUAAACAAACUUGUUUGCCUUAGCGAUUGGCUGAAUGAGAGGUAGGACUGAGUGGACUUGUAGGCUCUAAAGUUUUGCCUUGUUUUGUUUUUGAGUGCAGUUAUGUAACAAAAAAACCCAACAUUUGUAAGUUGCAAUUUCACGGUAAAGAGAUUGCACUAUAGUACUUGUGGGAGGUGAACUGAAAAAUACUGCAAUUUUUACAAUGCAAAUAUCUGUAAUCAAAAAUAAUAUAAAGUGAGCAGUGUACACUUUGUAUUCGGUGUUGUAAUUGAAAUCAUUAUAUUUGAAAAUGUAGAAAAACAUCCAAAAUUUUAUAACAAAUUUUAAUUAGUAUUCUGUUGUUCAACAGUGCGAUUAAUUGGGAUUAUUUUUAUCACAAUUAAUUUUUUUAAGUUAAUUGUGUGAGUUAACUGUUUUUAAUUGACAGCCCUAGUUGUGACAGUAACAGAUAUCUUAGACCAGGAUGAGCAAGACUGGUCAUACUGCUUCACCUAACAGAUGCCACAGUGGCAAAUCGCACAUGAUAGGAGUCAAAGUGGCCACUCUCUGUUUCCUGAGAGGAAAUGAUUAAAGGAGAAAAAGGCUUUAUAAAGACCUAGAUGGGAAUAAAAGGGAUUUUGGAAAUGACAGUAUGUGAAAUCCUGAGAAGAAAAUGCUAUAUUUAUGCAACAAUACUUAAAUCUAGAGUAUUUUGUUAAUUUGUCUUGUUCUGAUUUGGGGGAUAUCCCAUUUUGGUGCCUUUGCAGAUGUCUGUGAACUCGCCUUUCUGUCAGAAAAGAUGAAACAACCUGAAAAUGAGGCUAUUAUAGCAAAUCUGUUGAUAUGCAUGUAUGAAACUCCAUAGACAGAGUUGAGGGUCUAGUUUAAAGGACUCCUACAAUAAUCACACAGAUGGUCAUUAAGGGAACCAUAGGGGAUAAGCACUCCUUUAUCCUGACAGGGACUAGCAAAGGAGCCAGCUCCUGUCAAACUGUCAGAGGUUCCUUCCUGUUGCAAAGCAGCUGCAUAAAGUGGGGUGGGAUUAACCCUACCCAGGCUCACCUAAUUCAUGAAAGGGUAUGUCUACACUGCACCUGAGAGCAAGCCUCCCAGCCCAAGUAGACAGACUUGCAUUAGCCUCAGCUCAAGGUAGUUUGCUAAAAAUAGCACUGUGGAUCUUGCAGCUGCAGUAAAUAUACAAGAUAGCUCAGAUCCAGAGGGUUGGCUGGAUUUGAGAGCCUGAGUUGCUUUCUGAGCCACAAUGUCCACACUGCUGUUUUCAGCGCACUAACUCAAACCCUAACCCUAACCUGCAGUGUAGACAUAGCCCUAAUGCAGUCCAGUGCAUGACUUCAGACAUGGGCUUGUCUACACUAGAAUCAUGUUAAACACGUGUUUCAGAGGAACAGCCGUGUUAGUCUGUAUUCGCAAAAAGAAAAGGAGUACUUGUGGCACCUUA